CAGCUCCGCAGUAAAUGAACAACUUUCGUCUCGCAAUCGGCAUGGGGGAAUCACACGGAGUGUAAAAGAAAGAAAGAAUGGUAUUGUGCAAGUUUUUCGCUCAGGGAUAUUGCAGAUAUGGAGACAGCUGCAGGUUCGAACACCAAAAACCGGGUCAGGGUGGUGGAAGAGGUGGAAGUGGCAAAUCUGUCUCUUUUCGUGAUACCUUUGGCCAGAAUCAGAAUCCAUUUAAAUGGCUUGGGCAAGGACAGCGGCAGGACGGCCAUCAGGGCCAGGGAACCUCUCAGCUACCCAUGGCAACAAGGGACCUCAGUCCUACAGAAAUAAUGGAUUUGAUAUCCAAAGAGAUGACCGUUUGGGAGACCAGUAAGAUGUGGCCCUUCUCUUGCUAUACUUACAGCAAGGAGGAACCGUCUAUAUCAGGCUUUUCUGAUUUCUCACCAGAAGAGCUGAGAUUAGAGGGAUACCAAGCCAGAGCAAAUGGAACGUGGUCUGCCUAUCAACAGAGAGAGUCAGAACUUGCACGUGAGUACAUGGCGAGGCGACAAGAAUUCAAGAAACCCAAUCUCCAUGUGAAACAAAAGCUGCUUCAGGAGAUUGAGAAUGCCAGACAGAAAUCCACAAGUGGCAGUGGCAGUACUUUUGGUUCUCCAGGAUUCGGAGGCCAGUCUGGGUUGUUUGGGGGAACACAGAGCAGCUCCACUGGCAUGACCCAAAGCAUAUUUGGUGGAGGUCAGACCCAGGGACCAUCUGGAACUGCUACUGCCAGUGCUGGACUCUUCGGGGUAGGAAGUGGUGGCCAAGGUGCCAGUGGGGGCACCACGGGACUCUUUGGCAAGCCAAAUCCUACUGCGUCAGGGGGACCCGUCACAUCUCUCUUUGGAAAACCAACCAGCACCAUUUUUGGAGGUUCGUCACCUGGUGUUAACAAUAGUAACAAUACUGGAUUGUUUGGAAAGACUAGCUCUGGUACAGGGCUGUUCAGCUCUUCAAAUCAAGGUCAAGGUCUCUUUGGAGGUCAGAUAGGGUCACCAGGUCAAGGUCAGUCUGUGUUUGGGGGCCAGGCGACAUUUGGUGGUGGUGCUGCCAUACAGCAGAGUUCUCUAUUUGGAAAACCGCAGGCACAAGUGCAAGGGUUUACGCAGGCACAAUCUGGUUCACAACCAACUCAGACUGCAUCACACCUAACACAAUCAGGAGGUGUUCAGCCCUCUGGGUUUGGCUCACCCUUGUCUCAGCAAGCACAAUUAGGAGGACAACUACCACAAUCUCAUACACAGUCUACAAGUGCUGGACCACAUAAAUCUAGAUACACUCCACUUGACCAGUUAACUGAUGAGGAAAAAGAACAGUUUACAGCAGCAAAGUUUACCUUGGGGAAAAUUCCCACCAGACCUCCCCCUAAAGAAUUGUGCACAUAAGAUCUCCCCUAGCGUGCACUUUUAUAGAUGUUGUUAUUAUUCUUAUUAAUAUUAUUAUAUAUAAAAUUAU